AUGGCUACUAUGUAUUUCGUUAGCCAAGUGGUCUGUACCGCCUGUAGUUUCUGUGGCCGGAGGGUGAAUUUCCGACGGUGUUCGAUCUCUCCGUCGACGUUUACCUCUCAUCAGUACCAAAACGCUGCUUUCCGGACUCGAAACCUCUCUCUCCCAUCAACGACAUCUGAUGCGUUGCCAUUCGACCUUUCUCCUCCUCCUAUCGAUCACGACCUCCUCGAUACUCUUACAGUUGCAGGUGCAAAGGCGUCAGAAGAUGGGAUAAUUAAAACAUUUGAUAACGAUGAAAAGGCGUUAGAUGCAGUUGACAAUGCAGUUGUGGUCGUGGACCUUUCACAUUAUGGCCGCAUAAGAGUCAGUGGAGAAGACCGUGUUCAAUUUCUUCACAACCAAAGUACUGCAAAUUUUGAGUGUCUACGCGAGGGACAGGUUAAUGGGUAGGAUAAAAUGGUUGAAACAUGUAGG